AUGGUAUCUUGCGAACUCAAGGCUGCGAUCGAUGCAAUUGCAGAGCAACUAAAAGAGUUACGCAGUGCACAACAGCAAGGCAGGUCCAAAAGUAGAGGACGUGACAAGUACGCGCGCAGGAAUAAAUCAAGAUCAAAAUCUCAAGAGCAUCACGAAUCCAAUACAUGUUACUACCACCGGAAGUUCGGGCAGAAAGCGUUCAAAUGCCUAUUACCAUCCAAUAAUACUCUGAUAACCACCUAUGGGUUAAGGUUAGUUAAUGUAGACUUAGGAUUACGAAAGAAGCUAGAUUGGACAUUCAUAGUGGCGGAUGUCAAGCAAGCCAUAAUCGGAGCGGAUUUCCUGGCACAUUUUGGAUUGUUAGUUGAUUUAAAACACAAACUGUUGCGUGAUGGAAAUACAAGUUGCAAGGUAGACGGUAAGCUGUCAAUUUCGGAGAUUGGAGGAAUUAUCACUUUUGACCAUGCUGAUCCUUUUGCCGAUCUCCUGCGGAAAUUCAGCGACAUCACUAAACCGGUAAGCCUUCAGAAACCAAAGCACGGAGUAACGCAUCACAUUAUUACUACAGGUCCAGCGGUCGCGGAACCGGCGCGCAGAUUGUCUGGUGAAAGAUUACAUGCAGUACGCGCACAAAUACAAUAUAUGUUAGAUGCAGGGAUUUGUAGACCCAGCUCUAGUCCCUGGGCUGAUCCAUUGCAUUUAGUACCACAAAAGGAUGGCGAUUGGAGAAUAUGCGGCGACUACAGGUGA